UUCACCAGGGCCAUGACUACUUUGGUUCAAAUAAAUCAAAACAGUGUGCCACCAAUAGUACUACUGCUAUCAUGACUAAUGCCAUUCACAAUGCAAGAACCUGGUCAACAAAUGAUAUUGAUAAACUGUUGAUAAAUGGUGAUAAAAUGUACACUUUCAUGAAGCAGCAUGACAUGAUUAGUGAUGUCAAUGGUAGUGGAUACGUUUUUGUCAGGGAAUUACCCACAAAAUACACAUUGGACGGAAACAUAUUCACCCUACAAUAUUUAGACACAUUUACUGGACAUGUUAACAUCCAAGAAUAUGAUCGGGAUCUUGCCAAUGUUGCUAUGCCUCUAGAUAAGGCUUUACAAAGAGCACUCGAUGACGACGCCUGCCUAAUCACAAUUAUGAACAGCACAUGUGCAGUUUUGAAGCAUGAGUCUGGGUUUUCGGUCUUUGAUCCACAUGCACGCGGUGAUGAUGGUGGUCUGGAUUUAGAUGGCUCCAGUAUUCUUGCACACCAUGCCACAGUUGAUUCAUUGAACAUGCACAUCACAAACCUAGUUCAGUCUUUAUGUGGUGAUGAGCUGCAUAAUGCAUACCACUUGUUUGAAGAUACUGGUGUUAAGGUUGUUAGUGAUGGAACAUUUUCUGCUAGGACUGGUGGAAUGGAUACUGACAGUGUAGCAUUGCAUGACAGUUUUGCAAAUAUAGCAAGCCCAGAUGAGAAUAUGCACGGUGUUUCUUUGGAACCAGGUCAUGUAACUGAUGACUCUGUGAAGAUAGUGUCUCAAAGUAAUUGCAACAGCCUCACAUUUAGUCCACUGACACUGACUGAAAAAAGGAGAAUAUGCACAAAGCUUAACCUUGUCCCAAGUUUUCAGGAAGAGAAGACAGUUUCCAGCAUUACUGUAAAUCAACCUGUGCCUUGUGCAGCCACAAGUAUAAGGUCAGAUGGGAAUUGCUUUUUCCAUGCUCUGUCCUAUGUUUUUAGUGGAUCUGAAGAAAAGCAUAGGUGUGUUCGUUAUGCUAUUGUAAAACAGAUGCUUGCAAAUGCAGAGAUAUACUCAAAAAUUAUUAGACCUCAGUACACAUCUGUGCAACAAUAUGUAACUGCUUCAAAAAUGAAAUAUGUGGGAACUUGGGCCACUGAAGUGGAAAUUCAGGCGGCGGCAGAUUUCUUUCAUGUGGACAUAUACACAUAUACUUCCGAAAAAUGGAAUACUAUAUUCCUCCAAAAACACAACAUAGACUUUGAUCAGUUUAAGAUAAAAGUCCAGUCAGGUCCAACCUAUGUCUGUUGUGUUUGCCACAAGUUAUUGUUUAAACAUCAAGUUGUAAAAUGUAACUUAAACCAAUACAGAAAAAGUGCUUUGGCAGAAUCUGUAGCAAAGAAAUGCAUCACUUAUACAUAUGUCCACACUUGUGGAAAUUCUUGUGAAGUAAAUUGCCAUCUCCAAAAAACCACUGCAAGCAUGUUAUGGAUUUGUCACACCUGCAAUAACAAAAUUCUUAGAGGUGUAGUACCAGAAGACAGUGCUGUAAAUAAUCUCCACCCAGAUCCUAUUCCUGAAGAACUUGAUGCACUAAAUUCAUUAGAACAACAUUUGAUUGCACAACACAUUCCCUUUAUGAAGCUUUUAGCUUUACCAAAGGGAGGUCAAAACGGGGUUCAUGGGCCUGUGACAUGCGUGCCAUCAAGCAGUGAUGCUGUUUGUAAUAUUCUUCCAAGAUUAGAUGAUCAAGAUCAGAUGGUUAGAGUUAAACUAAAACGUAAACUAACAUUCAAGGGUCACUAUGAGUAUCAGUAUGUGAACACGCAAAAAGUUCAUAAUGCUCUGAACUUUUUAAAAGCCCAGAACAAGUGGUACACUGAUGUACAUAUCAACAACGAGUGGUCUAAUCCGUUGGAAAAGGUUACAAUUGAAGAGGCUGGCCAGCCUGCUUGUGGCUCUGGGCCUGGCCAGCCUGCUUGUGGCUCAGUUGAUGUUCCAGAACAUUACACUGAUAACCAGCACCAUGGAAUGUAUUUGGAUACAUGCUUGCAACCUGUUGACAUCGCACAAGAAAUUCUGGACAAUCACUUUGAAAGUAUUUUAUCUGUUGCUCCUGCUGAAGGAAAUAUCCCUGUAAGAUUGCUCAGUGACAUUGCUAAUGAGGCAAAGUGUUUUCCUGUCCUUUUUCCAAAAGGAACAGGCACAUUCCACGAACAGAGAGAUCACAGAAUUACACUUGCUAAAUAUCUAAAAAGCAGAAUAUUAAAUGCAGAUGGCAGAUUUGGAAAGAAUUUGGAAUAUAUUUUCUAUGCACAAUACUUGUCUGAAAUUAAUCAAGUGGUUUCCAAUGUAUCAAUAGCUUUGAGAAAAGGAUAUCAGGGACAGCAUAACACUGAUGUUGCGUCAUCUUCAUCUAACAACCCAGACUUUUUGAAAGACCUCUUAAACUAUGAUAUGGGCUACAAGUUUUUGAAACCAAUUAGAGGCACACCUGUAUUUUGGCAAGGUGUUCAGAAGGACUUGAUGGCCAUGGUGAGAACUCUUGGAAUUCCCACAUUCUUUAUGUCAUUUUCUUCUGCUGAUUUACGCUGGCCAGAAUUUAUGGAAGCAUUUAUGUAUGCAGACAAUGUCAUAGGCAAUAUUGCUGACAUGGAAUGGACCCAAAAGUGUGACUUGUUAAAAAAUAAUCCUGUAACAGCAGCUAGAAUGUUUGACCAUAGGUUUCAUUGUUUGUUAAAAGAAGUCAUAAUGUCUCCAGCUCAACCCAUUGGAAAGGUCAUUGAUUACUUUUACAGAGUAGAAUUCCAGCAAUGUGGCAGUUGUCACACACACUGCCUUUUUUGGGUGGAGUCACCUAAGAUUGGUGUAAACACCAAUGAAGAAGUUAUCACAUUUAUUGACAAAUAUGUGACAUGUGAGCUUCCACCUGAAAGUGACCCCAUGCAUGAAGUUGUCUCUAGUGUUCAGAUGAACCAUUAAGGGAAGAGAAAAUAAAUACAUUGAGAGCCAACUUACACAAUUUGCAGAUACUAGUCAUAGAUGAAAUCUCAAUGGUUGACAACAAGAUAUUAACAUACAUUCAUGGUAGACUGCGACAAAUAAAACAAUCAUCAGACUUUUCACCUUUUGGUAAUGUUUCAGUGAUUGCUGUCGGAGAUUUUUUUCAGCUGCCACCUGUCAAAGGGAAGCCUCUUUACAAAGAAGAGGCUGGCUUCUGCUUAUGGCAUAACACUUUUACACACAUUGAGUUAACUGAAAUUGUUCGACAAAAGCAUCAACAGUUUGCCAUGACACUGAACCGCAUUAGGAAACACAAAAAAGGCAUGAAGCUCAAUGAAAAUGACGAAAGACUAUUGAAACAACGUGAAACAGGUACGUCUGACUUUACAGAAGACCUUCACAUUUUUGUAACAAAUUCUGAUGUGCAUACCCAUAACUUUAACAUGCUUCACAAGAUUUGCACAGACAUUGUUCAAAUUAAAGCACAGGACUUGAAAAAAAAUCAACAAACAGGUACUUGUAUUAGAUUAUCUCAAACACAAGCUACUCAUGAAAACACAUAUUUGGAAAAACUAUUAAGUGUUGGGACAAAAGCUAGAGUGAUGCUGAUCAAAAACUUGGACAUUUCAGACGGUCUGGUUAAUGGAGUGUUUGGUACUGUAAUUCAAAUCAAGUUUUCUGAAAAACGCAUUGCACAUACGAUUUAUGUACACUUUGAUGACAAGAGAAUAGGCACAAAACUGAGACAUAAAUUCCCCUGUUCUGAUCCAGAACUUAAAUAUGCAACUCCAAUACAUCAAGAUGAAGACAAAUUGGCAUACACUGGAGGCAUUAGAAGACAGUUUCCAUUACGACUUGCUUGGGCAUGCACAAUUCACAAGGUGCAAGGCCUAACAUUAGACAGAGCUGUGGUAUCAUUCAAAAAAAUCUUUGCUGCUGGCCAAGCUUAUGUACCAUUAAGUCGAGUCAAAUCAGUUGACAACCUUGUCAUACAAGAUUUCAAACCCACUGCAAUUUAUGCAAAGCCUGACAUAGAAGACAAUCUAAAAGUAAUGACUAGCUUCAUUAGCCCUUCAUUAAACCCAGUACCCAACAGCAAUCUAUCUCUCAGUCUACACAACAUCCAAGGGUUACCAAAUCAUAUAAAAGAUCUUAAAAGUAACCUUAAGAUGUUGGAUACAGACAUAAUAUGUCUAACAGAGACAUGGCUUGAAGACAAUAAACAACUCAACUUUGUAGAAAUGCCAGGUUGGAUAUUCAAACACAAAACAAGAUCCCAAUCAUACAUUGACACAGCUAACACUUGCAGCUUGAAAAAUAGAAAUCAUGGUGGUAUUGGUGUUUUCUACAAAAAUACGAUUGCUUGUAAUAUUCUUGAUGUACAGUAUGACGAUUUAGAAGCAAUUGUAUUUAAUGUACAACCUCAUGACUACAACGUGUUACUGUUGUACCGUCCACCAUCAUAUAACAUCUCUCAUUUUAAGAUGCGCUUGGGUACUGCUUUAAGCCUUUUCGAUACCCUUUCUGGACCAAAGAUUGUUCUGGGUGACUUCAAUGACGAUGCUCUGACUUCUAAUUCCAUACUGGAUUUCAUGGGUCAAAGAUUAUACAAUCAAAUAGUAACCACACCAACAACUGACGGUGAGACUUUAAUCGACCACAUUUACAUUAAGGACUUUGGUCCAACAACAGUCAGUGCUACAGUUAUACCGACGUACUACAGCUACCACAACAGCAUCUUCAUGACUUUCAUUUGACCAAAAAUAAUCUUAUAUUUUAGAUAUGCAGAAAGCAACCCCCCCUUUUUUAGAUCAUUACUAAAAAGGUAAAACGCAUAUCAUGAAGUUCUGAUACAUUCAACCUCAGACCCAUAAAACAAAAAUAUAACUGUAUUCACUUUUCUAAUAUCUUCAACAACAGUCAAUAUUUUUUGUGCUCCAAAAACCUUAUUGACCUGAAUAGAUCUGCCUACCAAUUUUAUCAUUGAUAAUAAAUGCCAACCUAUGAUAAACACACAUAAUGGAAGGAACAGAACAACAGAGAAGAAACACCAAUUCAAUUAACCAAAAAAUUGCCAUACUUGGAUACAAAAUAGGUAUAGAUAAUCAAGAACAAGGGUCCCCUAAGACCAACUUGCACACAUUACAUAAACAAAUUACUUCAGUCACAUUUGCUUCCACAGGUUUUGAUAACUUGAUUUUUGUUUGCUUUAUUUUUGUAUAUUGUAUUCGCAUUUAUGCU